UUCCUAAUAGCGUCCUGACUACCUGCAGCGCGGCGCUGCUGACGGUCGAGCUCAUUCACAGAGGCGGUUUGACCAGCAGUCGUCAGUGUUGGGCGCCUUUAAUAAAUAAUGAAGCUGAGCGCGAGGAGCUUCAGCUGCGGCUGAACUGCUGAUGUCAGGAGCUUCAGUGCUGCAGUUGGGGCUGCAGGCAGGACUCGGUGGAGCUCAGGUCUUUCCUCUCCGGACUCCCACAUGCAAACCAGCCAGGAAAGAUGCUCUCCACGGUCAAACAGUGCGCUGUAAUAUCGGCGAUGUUGCUCUGGUUGAUGCCGUCCGUCCACUCGGGGAAAAAGGUCUUUAAAUGCCCUUCAUCAUGCAGCUGUUCCAAGGAGUCCAUCAUCUGCGUCGGGUCUUCGUAUGUCCCCCGGAUGACCCCCAACGAUGUCAGCUCGCUGAGCAUCGUGAACGGAACCUUCUCUGAGGUGAAGGAGGCGAUGUUCGCCCACAUGCCCUCCCUGCAGCUACUACUGCUUAACUCAAAUGCACUUACUACAAUCAGGGAUGAUGCGUUCGCUGGCCUACCACAUCUAGAGUAUUUGUUCAUUGAAAACAACAAAAUUGAGACCACUUCAAAAUAUUCUUUCAGAGGGCUCAGAGACCUGACUCAUUUGUCUUUGGCGAACAACAACAUCAAAGCCUUGCCAAGAGAUCUCUUCGUUGAUCUGGAUUCACUAAUAGAACUAGACCUGAGAGGUAAUGUGUUAGAGUGUGACUGUCGUGCUAAGUGGCUGAUGACGUGGUUGAAGAACACCAAUGCCACCGUGUCAGAUGUCCUCUGUGCUGGCCCUGAGGAGAUGAAGGGCAAGCGGCUCAAUGACAUGGCAAGCCUCCACAACGAGUGCAUCUCCACAGAUUUCAUUCCACUUCACUCUGUGACUACUGAGUCUCUAUCUGUGGACACGUUCUCUCACAAGAAUGAUGUGUAUGUGGCCAUUGCUGCCCCUAACAUAGAGAGCUGCAUGGUGCUUCAGUGGGACCACAUUGAAAUGAACUUCAGGACUUACGACAACAUUACAGGUCAGUCCAUUGUUGGCUGCAAGUCAGUGAUCAUCCAGAACCAGGUGUUUGUGAUUGUUGCUCAGCUUUUUGGUGGCUCUCACAUCUACAAAUUUGAUGAAGAUCAAAGCAAGUUCACCAAGUUUCAGGACAUUGAAGUGUCCAAGAUCUCCAAGCCCAAUGACAUUGAAGCCUUCCAGAUUGGCGAUGAUUGGUUCUUUGUUAUUGCUGACAGCUCUAAGGCUGGUCUUUCAACCCUCUAUAAGUGGAACGACAAGGGCUUCUAUUCCUACCAGUCCCUGCAUGAAUGGUACCGUGAUACCGAUGCAGAGUUUGUGGACUUGGAUGGCAAGGCUCACCUCAUCCUGGCCAGUCGAUCUCAAGUCCCAGUAAUUUACCAGUGGAGCAAGAGUGUACAGAAGUUUGUCUUACAAGGUGAAAUCCCCAAUAUGGAGGAUGUAGUGGCUGUCAAGGCUUUCUGGAUUAAGGAGGAAAUUUACCUGGCUAUGACACGAUACAUUGGUGACUCUAAAGUCCUUCACUGGACUGCCAAGCAUUUCUCUGAGGUUCAGGCCCUUCCUUCAAGAGGUUCCAUGAUCCUUCAACCAUUCACCUUCAAAGAUCGGUAUUACCUGGCUUUAGGUAGUGACUACACCUUCUCACAGAUCUACCUGUGGGAUGCGGAGAAGAAGAUUUUUGAGCGUUUUAAGGAAGUGUACAUCCAAGCCCCACGCUCUUUUACCGUGGUCUCUACAGACCGCCGGGACUUCAUCUUCGCUUCCAGCUUCAAGGGUAGCACGCAGAUAUUUGAGCACAUCAUUAUCGAUCUAAGCCUGUGAGAUCCUAUAUGGACACAGGGUCCAAAAGGCCAUCUGGAAGCAUUUCAGCAUCCGACAAUGUCUUCCAUUCAAAACCUUACAAUUUGCUUGGGGAGGGUAUAUGGGAAUGUUGGAUGUGGAGAAGGUUGGUUGGAAAUGCUGUUCAAGAAGCUUUAUCAGGUAUGUAAUGUAAUUUCAUGGUGUAGUACAUAGUAGUUCAUGCAUUUGUAUAAAGCUCUACAUUUAUUUAGGAUGUUGCUUGCCAUUUGUCUGUUCAUGUUUUUAUUUAUUUAAUUACUGAUUUAUUUGUUUAUUUGGUACACCUUUAGCUGAGAUGUUCUUCAGCCCAUAAAAUGAGGACAUUCAUUGGGGACACAUAGUGCUGGGUGGAGCUAUACCCAAAUCACUUGCAUAUAUAAAACUAGCAAUAUCUUGAAGGACUUGGCAUUUAUGCAGCAAUCAUGCUGUGGCACCAUGCAUGAUAGAGUUGCAAAAAUAAAAAUAAAAAAAAUAAUAAUUUAUUGCAGGCAUGCUGAAAAACUUCUGAUGUUAACUUACAACCUACAGGUGACUGAUGAAAUGCAGUCAAAUUCUAUACCAUGAAAUACCCCCAUAUGUGUGAUAGUUCAUUUCAUUUACAUAUCCUUGCACUAUUUUUACAAUUAUUUGCUGAAUGUAGGACCUGUUUGCUCUACAACUACAUACAAUACUGUGCAAAUUCAAAGUCCACCCUUUGUUUACUUAAUUUCCAGUCAAAACUGCCAUUAAGUACAAGUGAUUCAUUUUUCAGUGUCGGGA